AUCUGGAGAAGCUAAUUGGUUGAAAGUGACUUUAUGCGUGCACAAUUGGUCUUCUAAUUGAUAUCUCAGUUUCGCCUGAGUCUCGGGAUAAAUCCAAGUUAAUAUGGCUCUGGUAGUACGCCUGAAAACCAUCACCUUCCUGCGGGGAAAAGCGGACAGGGUUGCUAAAGUGACGUUUCGAGGUCUGCCGCUCUAUUCGCGAGUGCUGGAGAACUGUGAAGAUGAAGCCAGGUUUGAUGAGACGUUCCGCUGGCCCAUUGGGAGUAAGGUGGAUGGCAACGAGGUUCUGGAGAUCCAGGUGUACAACUACAGUAAGGUGUUCACCAACAGGCUUAUAGGAACCUUCUGCAUGGUUCUUCAGAAGGUGGUGGAAGAGGGACAGCUGGAGGUGUCGGAUACUCUGAUCGAUGACAACAACACAGCCAUACAGACGGCCGUCUCUAUAGAGAUCAGAUACCAGACGAUGGACAUGAGUGUGAAAGUGUGGAGUGAUGGCGAGUUCCUGGACGUUCCGGACGAGUCCGAGGGGAUAUUCCAGUUUGAGACCGAGAGCCUUCUCUCCGGGCACAGCCAGAGCUCAGGGGUGUCGCCGGGACGACGGUCCCUCCAGAACUCCAUCCCCACAUUCAGGAAAGCAGGGAAAGGUGUCUUCUCCGCCAUGAAGCUCGGGAAAACUCGCAUCUCCAAAGAUGACCACAAGAGAGCAGACGCUGCGGCUGUCCUGGAGAUCGAGGACCUGGACCGCAAGGCCAUGCGCCUUGGCGGCCUCCUUGACCCCGACACCAUCUCCCUCGCCUCCGUUACUGCGGUAACCACCAACGUCUCCAACAAAAGGUCAAAGCCUGAUAUUAAGAUGGAACCCAUCUCUGGUAGACCGGUGGAUUAUCAGAUCAGUGUGACGGUGAUCGAGGCUCGUCAGCUUGUGGGGUUGAACAUGGACCCUGUGGUGUGUGUCGAGAUCGGAGACGACAAAAAGUACACGUCCAUGAAGGAGUCCACCAAUUGCCCCUACUACAACGAGUAUUUUGUCUUCGACUUCCACGUGCCACCAGACGUGAUGUUUGACAAGAUAUUAAAGAUCUCUGUGAUCCACUCCAAGAACUUGCUGCGCAGUGGCACCUUGGUGGGAACCUUCAAGAUGGACGUGGGCACGGUUUACUCACAGCCUGAACACCAGUUUUACCAUAAAUGGGCAAUGCUGUCUGACCCUGAUGACAUCACCACCGGGUGCAAAGGUUACGUGAAGUGUGACGUAGCUGUGGUGGGAAAAGGGGACAACAUCAAGACCCCUCACAAGGCCAACGAGACCGACGAGGAUGACAUCGAAGGGAACCUGCUCCUGCCCGAGGGGGUUCCGUCGGAGCGCCAGUGGGCCCGGUUCUACGUGAAGAUCUACCGGGCCGAGGGCCUGCCCAAGAUGAACACCAGCAUCAUGGCCAAUGUCAAGAAGGCCUUCAUCGGCGAGAACCGAGACCUGGUGGACCCUUAUGCCCAAGUGCAGUUCUCCGGGCAGAAGGGAAAGACAUCUGUUCAGAAGAGCAGCUACGAGCCCAUUUGGAACGAGCAGAUCAUCUUCACAGAGAUGUUCCCGCCCCUGUGCAAACGCAUCAAGGUCCAGAUUCGAGACUCGGACAAAGUCAACGACGUGGCCAUAGGAACCCAUUUCAUUGACCUGCGCAAAAUUGCCAACGACGGAGACAAAGGUUUCCUGCCCACCAUGGGCCCGGCGUGGGUGCACAUGUACGGUUCCACGCGGAACUACACGCUGAUGGACGAGCACCAGGACCUCAACGACGGGCUGGGGGAGGGCGUGUCCUUCAGGGCCCGCCUCCUGAUCGGUGUCAACGUGGAGAUCCUGGACACCACCUCCCCGGAGAUCAUGAGCUCCACCGAAGUGCAGGUGGAACCCGUCUCCAACAUCUCGGAGAGUGCCACUGGGAAGGUGGAGGAGUUCUUUCUCUUUGGCUCCUUCCUGGAGGCCACCAUGAUUGACAGGAAGAUUGGAGAUAAGCCAAUCAGCUUCGAGGUCACAAUAGGUAACUACGGCAACCAGAUUGAUGGGGUGAGCAAGCCGGCGGCGUCGUCGUCAUCGGGGAAGAAGAAGAGGCGGGAGGGCGGGCCGGAGAGCGACGAGGAGGAGUCGGAGCUCAUCCAGAACUCCAGCGACGAGGAGGCGGACGACAACGCCGACCUCGUGUCCGUGUCCUCCACGCCGCUCAUGAAGCCCGUCAUCACCGACAGGAAUUAUUUUCACCUGCCGUACUUUGACAAGAAGCCGUGCAUCUACAUCAAGAGCUGGUGGCAAGACCAGAGGCGACGCCUGUACAACUCCAACAUCAUGGACAAGAUAGCAGACAAACUGGAGGAGGGCCUGAAUGACGUGCAGGAGAUCAUUAAAACAGAGAAGGCCUACCCUGAGCGCCGGCUGAGGGGGGUGCUGGAGGAACUCAGCACUGGCUGCAGUCGUUAUGUCACUCUGGCAAACAAGGACCAGAGCCAAGCAGGCCGAACAAAACUGGACCGUGAAAGACUCAAGUCCUGCAUGAGAGAGAUGGAGAGCAUGAGUCAGCAGGCCAAGAGUAUCCGCACGCAGGUGAAGAGGAACACAGUAAAAGACAAACUCAAGAUGGUGCACAACUUCCUGCAGCGUCUCCGCUUCUUGGCCGACGAGCCCCAGCACAGCAUCCCGGACGUCUUCGUCUGGAUGAUGAGCAACAACAAGCGGGUGGCCUACGCCCGAGUGCCCUCCAAGGACAUCCUCUACUCCAUCGUGGACGAGGAGACGGGCAAGGACUGCGCCAAAGUCAAAACCGUCUUUCUCCGGCUGCCUGGUAAGAAAGGCUUCGGUCCGGCUGGCUGGACGGUGCAGGCCAAGCUGGAGAUGUACCUGUGGCUGGGCCUCAACAAGCAGAGGAAGGACUUCCUGAGCGGCCUGCCCAGCGGCUUUGAGGAGACCAAAGCAGCCAAGGAGACUGGCCUGCAGUCUGUGCCGCCUAUCAGCCUAGUCUACAACAUGAAGCAGGUGUUCCAGCUGAGAGCUCACAUGUAUCAGGCCCGCAGUCUGUUUGCCGCUGAUAGCAGCGGCCUGUCUGACCCCUUCGCCAGAGUCUUCUUCUCCACACACAGCCAAGUCACAGAGGUGCUGAGUGAGACCCUCUGUCCCACGUGGGAUCAGCUCCUGGUCUUCGAUAACGUGGAGCUCUACGGUGAGGCCGGCGAGCUCCGCGACGACCCCCCUAUCAUCGUCAUCGAGAUCUACGACCAGGACACGGUGGGCAAGGCUGAGUACAUCGGCCGCACGUUUGCCAAGCCUGUGACGAAGAUGGUUGAUGAACACUACGGGCCGCCCCGAUUCCCCCCACAGCUGGAGUACUACCAGAUCUACAGGGGCAACUGCACCGCUGGGGAACUCCUCGCUGCCUUUGAACUGCUGCAGGUGGGUCCUGCCGGGAAAGGGAGCUUGCCCCCGAUCGACGGGCCGACGGAUUCGGAGCGCGGGCCCAUCCUGCCGGUUCCUCUGGGGAUCCGACCCAUCCUCAGCCGGUACCGCAUAGAGGUGUUGUUCUGGGGUUUGAGGGACCUGAAGCGGGUCAACCUGGCCCAGGUGGAUCGGCCGCGCGUGGACAUUGAGUGUGCCGGGAGAGGGGUCCAGUCCUCACUCAUCCAGAACUACAAGAAGAACCCCAACUUCAGCACCCUCGUCAAAUGGUUCGAAGUGGACCUGCCGGAGAACGAGCUGCAGCACCCUCCUCUCAACAUCCGGGUGGUGGACUGCCGCGCCUUCGGCCGCUACACCCUGGUGGGCUCCCAUGCGGUCACCACGCUGCGCAAGUUUCUCUACAUCGCACCCGGCAAGACCAACGCCAACAGCUGGGGCCACGCAGCUAGCCUGCUGAACGGCUACGCGGCGCUGACCGAUGGAGCGUCCCGCUCUCGCUCCCAUUCCCGCACCCCCUCUCGCCCCCCAGGUGACAUCUUGGUCAACAUGGAGCCGGAGAUUAACGUCAAGAAGAUGGACACUGUGGUCAAGCUGGAUGCCACGUCAGAUGCAGUUGUUAAAAUUGAUGGGAUCGAGGAGGAGAAGGACAAAGAUGGACAGAAGAGGAAGAAGAAGAAGAAGAAGGGGGAGGAGACAGAGGAGGAGGAGCUGGACGAGAGCAUGCUGGACUGGUGGUCCAAGUACUUCGCCUCCAUAGAGACCAUGAUGGAGACGCUGCGGGCGCAGGAGGCUGCCCAGGCGGAGGCGGACGAGAGAGAGGACCUGGAGAUAGCAGCCGAGGGAGCAGAGUUGAAAGUGGAUGACUCCCCUGUGAAAGGCACCAAACCCAAGGAGAAGAUCAAGGACAAGAGCAAGAGCUCCAAGGACAAGAAGAAGAACAACCACUUAGCCGAAGCCCAGGACAAACGGCCCCCCAAGCCCAGGGUGGACGAGCUGCUGGCAUACAAUAAGGAGCUGGAGUGUGAGUUCAAUGACUUUGAGGACUGGCUCCACACCUUCAACUUGUACCGGGGGAAAGCUGCAGACGAUGAUGAACACCACAUGGCGGAUGACGACAGGAUUGUGGGCAGGUUCAAGGGGUCGGUGUGUUUGUACAAGCUGCCCCUGUCGGAUGAGUUCUCCAGAGAGGCCGGCUCCGACCCCAACAUGGGCAUGUUCCAGAACAUUCCCCACAACGAUCCCAUGAACGUACUGGUCAGGGUUUACGUGGUCCGGGCCACUGAUUUACAUCCCGCAGACAUCAAUGGCAAAGCUGACCCGUACAUCGCCAUCAAACUGGGCAGGACAGAGCUGAAGGACAAGGAGAACUACAUCUCCAAGCAGCUGAAUCCCGUCUUUGGAAAGUCCUUCGACAUCGAGGCCACGUUCCCCAUGGAGUCCAUGCUGACUGUCUCAGUGUACGACUGGGAUCUGGUGGGCACGGACGACCUUAUUGGAGAGACCAGGAUUGACCUGGAGAACCGCUACUACAGCAAACACAGAGCCACUUGUGGCAUCGCAGGCAACUACUCAGUCCAUGGUUACAACAUAUGGCGGGACCCUCUGAAGCCCACCCAGAUCCUGGCCAAGCUGUGCAAGGACGGCAAGCUGGAUGGGCCACACUACGGCCCAGGAGGCCGCGUGAAGGUGGCCAACCGCAUCUUCACCGCCUCAACCGACAUCGAGGAUGAGAACGGCCUGAAGAAGCAGACAGACGAGCACCUGGCUCUGACGGUGCUCAAACACUGGGAGGACAUGCCCCGCGUGGGCUGCAAACUCAUCCCAGAACAUGUGGAGACCAGACCCCUCUUCAACCCAGACAAGCCUGGCAUUGAGCAGGGUCGUCUUGAGAUGUGGGUUGACAUGUUUCCAAUGGACAUGCCUGCACCAGCGCCUGCCCUUGACAUAUCACCACGGAAACCAAAGAGCUAUGAGCUGCGUGUUAUAAUUUGGAACACUGAUGACGUAGUUCUAGAAGACGAUGGUUUCAUGACAGGAGAGAAGAUGUCUGACAUCUAUGUCAGGGGCUGGUUGAAGGGCCAACAGGAGGAUAAGCAGGACACAGACGUCCACUACCACUCGCUGACCGGCGAGGGCAACUUCAACUGGCGCUUCGUCUUCCCCUUCGACUACUUGAUGGCCGAGGAGAAAAUCGUCAUGUCCAAGAAGGAGUCCAUGUUCUCCUGGGACGAAACCGAGUACAAGAUUCCCGCACGGCUCACAAUGCAGGUCUGGGACGCUGACCACUUCUCCGCGGACGACUUCCUGGGUGCGAUUGAGUUAGACCUGAACCGGUUCACGCGUGGGGCGAAGACGGCCAAACAGUGCUCUCUGGACAUGGUGCUGAACGCACAGGACCUACCCACCAUCUCCAUCUUCAAACAGAAGAGGGUCAAGGGCUGGUGGCCGUUUGUGGCUCGAGAUGAGAACGACGAACUCGCACUAACGGGGAAAGUGGAAGCAGAGCUUCACCUGAUGACUGCGGAGGAGGCUGAGAAGACUCCUGUUGGGCUUGGACGCAACGAGCCAGACCCUCUGGAGAAACCCAAUCGCCCCAGUACCAGCCUGGCGUGGCUGCUGCUGAGCCCGUUGCGGGUGAGCUGCCUGCUGGCCUGGCGUCAGUACCGGCUCCACUUCCUGGUCCUGCUGCUGCUGCUGCUGGUGCUGCUGUUCCUGAGCCUGCUCUUCAUCUCCAUGCCCUCAGCACUCAGCAACAAGAUUUUUAAUGUGGGAGGAUAACACACACAUAUAGAGAGACGGGUGCGCACAUCCACAGAUUUUUCUUAAGCAGGUGCCAGACAAAAAACGUGUCAAAGUGGAAGUGAUGGUCUGCACACUGCAAUGGCUCCAAAA